AAUCAUCAGUAUUUGUCAGUCAGUCUUCAGACUCGCAACACAGACCAAAAAAUAUCAAAAUGUUCAAAUUGGUGGUGUUGUUCGCUCUCGUAGCCGUGGCCGUAGCCAAACCAGGAUACCUCGGCGGACACUUGGGAUACUCCGCUUUGGCCGCCCCAUUGGCAGUGUCCGCUCCAGUGGCUGUAGCUGCUCCAGUAGCCGUUUCCCACAGCGUCGCCGUUCCGGCCGCCGUCAGCAGCACCUACAGGAAGGAUGUCAUCAGCAAGCCAAUCGUAGCUGCCUACGCCGCCCCAGCCGUUGUCGCCGCCCCAGCUUUGGCUUACUCCGCUCCAAUUUCCUACGCCGCUCACGUGCCAGCUGUACACUCCGUUCACCCAUGGUAAAGAGAGAACUGAUUUUAUGCUGUGUAAAUAUGUAAAAUAAAGUUUAUUUUAUUU